GACAAUUAUAGCCCUAAAUGGAACCGCAUGAUACUGUACCAAAAGGAACCGGAAACAACCGCAGUCAAGUCGAGAGCAAGACAAACAUCAGUGUCCAACGCUCUUGCUUUCCAGCUCUCUCUCUCUCUCGAUCUCUCGAUCGAAGGCCGGUCGCCAUUGUCUCAAUUCCUUCCUCUCUCUCUGUCUCUUUGCCUCUGGCCGGAGAACCAGAAAUUGCACCACUUCUCCGAAAACUGGCCGAAACCCGCCAAUCUCUUAUAUCUCCUGCGGCCAUCUCUCCCGAUCCAAUCACGAUGAGCACUGGCGAACUUCUCAGCAUCGAGCCUCAAGAGCUCCAGUUUCCCUUUGAGUUGAGAAAGCAGAUCUCGUGUUCUCUAAACUUAUCCAACAAGACCGACAAUUAUGUGGCUUUUAAGGUCAAAACGACAAACCCAAAGAAGUUCUCUGUAAGGCCUAACACUGGAGUGGUGCUGCCUAGGUCUACGUGCAACGUUAUUGUUACCAUGCAAGCUCAAAAGGAAGCACCUCUUGAUAUGCAAUGCAAGGAUAAGUUUUUACUUCAGAGUGUGGUUGCUAGUCCUGGAGCUACACUAAAGGAUAUAACUCCAGAGAUGUUUAAUAAGGAAUCUGGGCAUCAUGUUGAGGAGUGCAAGUUGAGGGUUGUUUAUGUUGCACCUCCUCGGCCUCCUUCCCCUGUUAGAGAAGGAUCUGAGGAAGGCUCUUCACCUAGGGCUUCAGUCUCGGACAAUGGUAGCUUGAAUGCUGCAGAAUAUACGUCUGUGCCAAGAGCUCACGUUGAGGGGCAUGAACCUCAAGACUACUCAUCUGAUGCCAGACAUAGUGGUAUACCCUUGGAUGCCAUAAUGACACUUCUUUUCUUGUUUCAACCUUAACUAGUUCACAUUGUUUGUAACUUUGUUGUCUUUUAAUUAACUUCUAUGUAGAGAGAGUGAUUCCCUAGUAGUAAGUGAAUUAUUUUCAUGUUAAACUUCCUAUAGUAGGGCUGAACAUGUCACUUGGAUGGUGAUAUUAUCCCAAUUGCUUAUUCCUUCUUCUUGAUGUGUCUUUAGACCUGUUCAUUAGGGCUAUUUAGGAAUGUAAAAAUGUGAACACUGUCAACAAGGAUAUGGAAGGACUCUUGUCUCCUUUUCUUUUGAUAUGAUUAAAAGUCUCCUAUUAUUAUGGACAAUCCUGUUGUGCCUUAAAUUCCUCAUCUAGAUGGUGAUUCUGAACACUGUUACGACCCUGCUAGGUGACAUUACCUUAUUUAAGCACUUGGAUUAGAUAUAAUCUCAUAGUUGUUUUUUUAUCCUGAUGGCAAUUAACGAUCACUUCUCCUAGAUUGAAAAACCAAAAAAAAAAAAAAAAAAAAGUUUCUCAGAGUACCACACGUUGGGGUACUGGACUCUGAUACUGGAGUACACUAGUAUGCACGCAUGAAUGCCAACAACCUCCUCUAAAAACUUAUAGAAGAAGUUUGUUUCAUUUAAGCUGAACACUUAUGCUAGGUACCACUUUUAAAAUUCAACCUUUGGUGUUGUCUUUUCAAAUGCACUUGAUGUGAGAAAAUCUUUUAUCAUCACAUUCACGUUAAUGGUUCUUUUACAUGAUUUAAUAUGAUAAUAAUCUUGCAAGAUUGAAUACAAUACUUUAUGGAGGGCAAGCUAAUUCUGUCAAUGUUCCUCUUUCCUCUAUCACUGAAGCUAUUCUAAAAAUUUACAAUUAUCCAAAAAAAAAAAAAAAGAAAAAGAAAAGCUUUAAAGAUUGAUGUCUUGCUGUGGCAUUUUUGUUUUGA